AUGUCAAUGCCUCUCUUCCCUGAAGAGCAACUCGACUCUUCCCUUGGCUACUUCUCCGCCCAACCAGCCCAAACGCUCAAAGACGGCACAUGGACAAUAGCUCGCAAGCUUGGGUGGGGUCCGCGAUCAUCCACCUGGCUCGUCAUCGGCGAGGACGAUCAACACCGCGCCCUGAAAAUCUUGACCGCGACUGCGACCGCCGACCCGACCGCCAAAAACGAGCUUCAUUUCGUCCACAAGGCCAUGGAAGCCAUCACACGUGGUGUUCCCCAGCUGCUUGACACGUUCGAGGAAAAGGAUGAGCGGGGGAGAAGUCACUUCUGUCUGUUAUUCAGGCUUCUUGGAUCGUCCGUUGAGGAUCUGAGGCGAGGGAACAUAUAUCAUGUGCAGAAUCUACCACUUCAUAUCGUCCAGAAGGUUAUUGGCGAUAUUGCGGCACGUCUUGAAGGUCUUGCUACUCAGAACAUCAUUCACGGUGCUGUAACAUCCGACAACUUUCUCUUCUGGUCCGUCCAAUGGGGCGUCGACGUGCGAAAAGCCCUCGCAAAUGUACCGGCUGACAAGCCUGUCACGGUCCAAGGAAGCGAUGGAGUUUCGUAUCCUACUGUCAAGUCUCAGCCGAGUCCGAACCACUAUACAUGGGAAUCUAAAGCGGACGAUAUUGCCUAUGCGACAUUCCAUCUUGCCAAUUUCGCGCACGGUAAUGCCUGUCUUUUCUAUUGGUUUCACGAUCUUAUCGUUAAUAACUCGCCAGACAACUGCCACAACCCUCAACACGCCUAA